AUGCUGGGUGUGAACAGCAAUGUCGGCAAGAUGAGCUGGAGAAAUAGGUCCGCGCAGUAUUGUUGUGUUAGCGAAGAAGAAAGUUUGGACCGUGCGAGACCAUGGGCGAGACAGGAGCCAUGUAGAAGAGAUCCAUGUCUAGCAGACGGCUGUGGAUAUCAGCCUGGAGCACAGAUGUCGCCUCCUAAUGACAGAGUUGCCACAAGACCUAGUGGUAGCGAAGCGAGGAAGUGCUACACUUGUUCCAAGUAUGGGCACAUAAGUCGCGAUUGUCCGCAGCGGACUACUAGAGUAACUCAGAUCAAGCACAAAGGAUCAGACCCAGAGAAAGAAAAAGAGGUACUAGCAAGGGCUCAGGAUAGUGGUUAUGACGUAGAUAUGCUAGAGAUGAUAGAAGAGUGUGAGUUGAGCCCAGUGUACGAUGCGCAGGACAACAGAAUGGGCUUUCUAGUCAUUAUAGAGGCUGAAUUACUAGAAGUAAACAGCCGUAAAGUCGCCUUCCAUAUUAGCAGAAGGAAGGAGGAUGUGAUAAUCUUGGGUACAAACGCCCUUCAUGAUCUAGGGGUUGAAGUAUCUAUAGGAAAAAAGAUGCUGAUUUCACGAAGAUAG